AGGAGAAGCUAACCAAGGAGAAGGUGUGGCAGCUAGUGCUGCAGGGUGACCCUCCUUUCCUCUCCACCUCCAUUGUGCCCAAGGUCACAGCAGAGGAGGACCUGCUUGCACUGCUUGAACUGGUGGAGGUGGUGCUGCUGCACCAUUCCGCCAGUGUCAGCACAGGCCAUGCUGCUGCUGUCAGCACGAAUGAGCUCUGCAGGCUGGCAGUGCAUCUUGGGACAUCUUCCAGUGAGCAGCGGUUAGGUGCAGUUACCCUUGUCUUCGUGCUCCCCUUUCUUUCAGCUGGUAGUGCAUCUGCUAUGGCACCCUCGUACACAACUAUACCCCCCCCCCCUUCCCCCCCUUGCUCUACACAGUUGGCGGUGCACCUGCUGUGGCACCCCUUAUCAUCAGUGCGCAAGGCAGCACACGCCAUGGUUGCUCGCUUCCACGCCAUCUCUCCCCUCCUCUCCGACUCCCUCUUGGACGCCCUCUCCCUCUCCCUUCCACCUCUGGAGGACCUCGCAGCAGCCGCGGCCAUCAGCACCGGUGAUUCCCCUGAGGUAGCAGUAUCGCCAGAGUCAGCCGCAGACCGCCUUCCUCCCCCACAGCUGCUGGGGCAGGCGCUGCUAGUGGUGGCGGGCGCAGGGGCCGUGGCGGAGAGGGUGAGGGCAGGGGAUGCCCCUGAGGCAGCAGCAUCGCCAGAGUCAGCCGCAGACCGCCUUCCUCCCCCACAGCUGCUGGGGCAGGCGCUGCUGGUGGUGGCGGGCACAGGGGCCGUGGCAGAGCGGGUGGGCGUGGCAGCACGUGUGAUGCUGCUGGCUCACCAUAGGCUCGUUGCCGGGGGGAAGAAGAGAGAUGUCGUGUGGCAGGAGCUCGUAAGGGCAUGGCAGCGUCGGGCAUACGAGGUGUCUGCCACUCUAGCCGCGGAGCCUGUUGUUGUGGCUAAGAUUCUGACUGGACCAGUGGGUCUCGCAUCCAGCCGUCCAGCUCAGUCAGAUGCCGCCAUCUCAGCCAUCCAAUCUGCCAUGCGGCUCAUUCCCGCAGAGUUUUUCCAGCCUCUAGUCACGGAACUGGAGGCAGUGGGACAGCGGAAGGAGCAUGACGCUCUCACAGAGUCGGAGAUUAAGAUAUUCAACGCGCCCGAGGGCAUGCCUUCAGCUGAGGGCGGAGUGUACGUAGCGGCGGUGGUGAGGGACAGGAACAUAUUUAACACGCCUGAGUGCAUGCUUUCAGCGGAGGACGGAGUGUAUGUGGCAGCGGUGGUGAGGGAUAAGAACAUAUUUAACACGCCUGAGGGCAUGCUCUCAGCCGAGGACGGAGUGUAUGUGGCGGCGGUGGUGAGGGAUAAGAACGUGAGGCAGGCGAGGGGCAAGCUGAAGCUGUACGGUGCCGAGCUGGACGAUGAUGACGACGAGGAGGAGAAACCCGCCCCUGCUGCUGCCCCUGCAAAGAAAAGCACGGCUCCCACGCCAGCACGGGGAGCAGCUGGGGCCGGUGGAGCCAAGGGGGCGGCUGGGAGAGGAGCAGGCAAGAAGGACACGGGCAAGCCGGGGGCAAAGAAAACAGCAGCAGGCGAGGGGGAGAAGGGGAAGACAGCCAAGGAGGAGGCGAGGGAGGCUCUGCUGCUGGAGGAGGCUGGAGUGAGGGAGAGAGUGAGGGGGAUUCAGAGGCACACGGGGGUGCUGGUGCGGGCUCUGGGUGCUGCUGCUGCUGCCAACCCGGCCUUCUCACACGACCAGUUGCCUCAGCUUGUGGCGUCCAUACUGCCGCUGCUGCGCUCCCCACUCAUCCCCUCGCAGGCCUUUGAUGCGCUGGCGCUGGUGAUGCGCUGCCUCUCUCCGGCGCUGCAGCCCUUCUCCUGGGACGUCGCCUCCGCCCUCUGCUCCGUCUCCCUCGCAGGGGAGAGCCUGGCGGAGCAGCUUAAGGAGGAGAGCGCGGAGGAGGGCGAGGAGGAGGAAACGGAGGGGAAGAGGAGGAGGAAGAAGGAGGAGAGUGUGGUGGACAGGGUGGUGAGGGCUGUGUGGGCGGCGUGCAAGGAGGGAGGGUCGCUGCCUGCUGCCACGUUUGGUGCUGUGUUUCCGAUCUUCGAGAGAGUGCUUCGGGCAAACAAGAAGACGCGUCUGCACGACUCCAUCAUCUCCAUUCUGCAGCUCCACACCUCGCCCUUCAUCGCUCUGCCGCGCCUCGCCAUGAUCUCGGUGCUCUACCAUGUGUUGGGCCGCGUGCGCAUCUACCACUCACGCGUGCAGCCGAUUCUGAGGGAGCUCUGCAGAGGCUUGAAAUCAGAUGAAAUCGGAGGGUCCGACGAGAUUGGAGGGGUGAGUGGGGGUAUUUUGCGGUUCUUGUCUCUACGCUAUACUGUGCUGUGCUUUGUGGUGCCCUACCACGUGUUGGGCCGCGUGCACAUCUACCACACACGGGUGCAGCCGAUCCUUAGGGAGCUCUGCAGGGGCCUGAAGCUGGACGAGAUUGGAGGGGCACUAGAGGGUCUGUUUGCAGAGCAGGCACAUGUGAGGGAGGCGUGUCUGGAAGCAGUCAAGUACAUUCCAACCCUAGCAGCAGGCAAGGCCCCCCAAGACCCAUAUGUGGCCUGUGCCAUCUGGAUGGCCCAAUACGACCCCGAACCUGCCAACGCCGAGGCUGCCGAGAUGGUAUGGGACAUGUACGGGCACCAGCUAGGCCCGGAGUACGCGCCGAACCUGAUUGUCAGCCUCGGGAACCCGAGCCAGGAGGUUCGGCUGGCGGCUGCCGAGGCUAUGGCGGCAGCUAUGGACGAGUACCGAGGCACGAUCCAGACCAGUUUGACGAGCCUGUUCUCGCUGUAUGUGCGGGAUGCGCCACCUCAGUCUGCCAUGUGGCGGCCUCAAGAUGAUGCCACGUGGCACAGCAGGGAGGGCAUGGCUCUGGCGAUGCGAGCUGCUGCUGACGUGCUGACCACUAAGGAGCUGCCACUUGUCGCCACGUUCCUCAUCUCCAAGGCUCUGGCCGAUCCUAACGAGGAGGUUCGGAGGCGCAUGGUGGAGGCAGGUUUGGCAAUCAUCAACCGGCAUGGCAAGGAGAACGUGGGGCUGCUGCUGCCCAUCUUUGAGAACUACCUCGACCGAAAGGCGGACAACGAGCACAGCUAUGAUCUUGUGCGAGAGGGCGUGGUGGUCUUCCUCGGUGCCCUCGCAAAGCAUCUUGCCCCGGAGGACCCAAAGGUGGCGCUCAUCCUGGCCCGGCUUCUAGAGGUGCUGAACACGCCCUCAGAGGCCGCACAGAGGGCCGAAGACCCCAAGGUGGCGCUCAUCCUGGCCCGGCUGUUGGAGGUGCUCAACACGCCCUCAGAGGCCGUGCAGAGGGCUGUGUCCGACUGCCUACCGCCUCUCAUGCCCGCCAUCUCCCUCAAGGAGGGUGGAGAGCAGGCGCUCAUAGCCCAGCAGCUCAAGGAGGGAGGCGCCCAGGCACUCAUAGCCCAGCAGCUGAAGGUGCUGCUGACGAGCGACCGCUUUGCCGAGAGGAGAGGCGCAGCGUUUGGUCUGGCUGGAGUGGUGAAGGGGUUGGGUCUGAGGAGCAUUCGGGAUUAUGGUGUGCUGCAGGCGCUGAUCAAGGGCGUGGAGGACAAUUUACAGUCAGAGGAGUGGUGCGCAGGUGGGUGGCUGACAGGGGUGGUGAAGGGGCUGGGGCUGAGGGAGGAGAUGAAGGAAGGUGGUGAAGGGGCUGGGGUUGAGGAGCAUGAAAGAUCAUGGCGUGCUGCAGGCAAUGAUCAAAGGCGUGAAGGACAAUUGAUUGGGGUGGGAGGGGAGAAGCGGAAGCAACGAGGGUUGGAGGGGGGGGGAGAUGAAGGAAGCUACGUGAUUCACAUCCUGCCGUAUCUUCUGGUGUGCUACUCAGACACAGCCACGCCAGUGCGCGAGGCCACGGUGCAUGCGUCUCGCUGCAUCAUGGGGCAGCUCAGCGCCCCUGGGGUGAAGCUCAUCCUCCCUGCACUGCUCAAGGGCUUGGAGGAGAAGGCGUGGCGCAGCAAGCAGGCAGCAUGCAGCUGCUGGAAACCUUCCCUUCUGUUCUGCACAUUCUCCCUUCUGCUCUUUAUUCCAUAUUCCUCCCUCCUUCCAUGCCCGAUUUCCCACCACUUUUCUCCAUCUUCCCACCCUUCUGUUGAGCAGGGUCUGGAGGAGAAGGCGUGGCGCAGCAAGCAGGGCAGUGUGCAGCUGCUGGGAGCCAUGGCCUUCUGUGCGCCCCGCCAGCUCUCCCACUGCCUGCCACUCGUGGUGCCCAAGCUCAGCGAGGUUCUCACGGACACGCACCCCAAGGUGCAGGCAGCAGCGCACACGUCGCUGCAGCAGGUGGGGAGUGUGAUCCGCAACCCUGAGAUUGCUGCCCUCGUGCCAUCGCUGCUGGACGGCAUCGCCAACCCCAACAAGCACACCCGCGCCUGCCUCGACCUCCUGCUGCAGACCACUUUUGUGAACUCCAUAGAUGCAGCCUCCCUGGCCCUCGUCAUCCCCAUUGUGCACCGCGCCCUCCGCGAGCGUUCCUCCGACAUCAAGAAGCGCGCAGCACAGAUCGUCGGCAACACCGUCUCCCUCGUGACCGACCACUCCUCGCUGCUGCCUUACCUCAACCUGCUGCUCCCCGGGCUCAAGAAGGUUCUGCUGGACCCCCAUCCGGACGUGCGCACCGUGGCAGCCAAGGCGUUUGGGUCGCUGGUUCGUGGAGUGGGCGAGCACGAGUUUCCUGACCUCGUUCCCUGGAUGCUCGAGACCAUCGGGUCCGAUGCAUCGAGUGUGGAGAGGUCGGGGGCGGCGCAGGGGUUGAGCGAGGUGCUAGGGGCGCAGGGCCGGCACCGCUUCGAGCUGCUGCUGCCAGACCUGCUGGCGGGGUGCUCGCACAAGGUGGCGACUGUCAGAGACGGGCAUCUGACGCUGUUCAAGUACCUACCGCUGUCCUUCGGUGCGCCCUUCCAGAACUACCUCCCCCAAGUGCUACCUGCCAUCCUCGACGGUCUGGCGGGGCGGGUGAGAGUGAGAGUGUGCAUGAUGCAGCAAGGUCUGGCGGAUGAGAGUGAGAGUGUGCGCGAUGCAGCACUGGCAGCCGGACAUGUCUUGGUGCAGCAAUACGCCAUCAGUUCACUGCCGCUGCUGCUGCCAGCGGUGGAGGAGGGGCUGUUCAGCGACAGCUGGCGGAUCAGGCAGAGCUCCAUGGAGCUGCUGGGUGACCUGCUCUUCAAGGUCGCGGGCACGUCAGGGAAGGUCGUUUUGGAGGGAGGCAGCGACGACGAGGGCGCCAGCACGGAGGCGCAGGGCCGGGCGAUUCUGGACGUUCUGGGGCUGGAUAGACGCAACGAGGUGCUGGCUGCUGUGUACAUCGUUCGAUCCGACGUAUCGCUGUCCGUGCGACAGUCUGCGGUGCACGUUUGGAAAACUAUUGUGGCCAACACGCCUCGCACGCUCAAGGAGAUCAUGCCCACACUCAUGCGCCUCCUCAUCGACUCCCUCGGCUCGCCCUCCUUCGAGCGCCGCCAGAUGGCCAGUCGGGCCAUAGGCGAGUUGGUGCGCAAGCUGGGAGAGCGAGUGCUGCCCUCAGUGGUGCCCAUCCUCUCUGCCGGUCUCAAGGACCCCAACCCCGCCACCAGACAGGGUGUGUGCUGCGGGCUGGGCGAGGUGAUGAAUGCUGCAGGCCGGCAGAACCUCACGUCCCAUCUGGACGACCUUAUCGGAACCAUCCGCACUGCGCUCUGCGAUGAGGAUGCUGAAGUGCGGGAGGCAGCAGCACAGGCCUUCAGCACGCUCUACAAGAGUGCGGGAAUGCAAGCAAUCGAUGAGAUCGUGCCAGCGCUGCUGCACUCUCUGGAGGAUCCCCACACGUCUGCCACGGCGCUCGAUGGGCUCAAACAGAUCCUCAGUGUGCGCACCACUGUCGUACUGCCUCACAUCCUACCCAAGCUCGUCAAACCGCCUCUCACGGAGUUCAAGGCACAUGCGCUGGGGGCGCUGGCAGAGGUGGCAGGGGCGGGCAUGUGUGUGCAUCUGGCCACGGUGCUGCCGCCGCUGCUCAAUGAGAUGGGGCAGAUGGAGGAGUCCCCCCUACGUUCCAUGGCGGUGGCAUCAGCAGAGGCGGUGGUGAAGGGGGUGGACGAGGAGGGGCUGGACUCUCUUAUUGGCGAGCUCACGCACGCUCUCUCUGAUAACUCAGCGGUCAUGAGGCGUGGGGCAGCGAAGCUUCUCGGAACGUUCUGCAAGAUCACGCGUGUGGAUCUGGAGGAGGAGUUGCCGUCGCUGAUGACCAUCCUGAUCGUCAUGCUCGCAGACCCUGAUGAGACCUGUGUGAAGGUGGCAUGGGAGGCGCUGGGCAGCGUCACGAGCACCAUUCCCAAGGAGUCGCUGCCAGUGCACCUCAAAGUGGUUCGAGAUGCUGUUGCCACUGCCAGGGACAGGGAGAGGAGGAAGAGGAAGGGCCUUCCCAUGCUCGUUGCUGGUUUCUGCCUGCCCAAGGGCUUGCAGCCAGUGCUCCAGAUAUACUUGCAGGCGCUCAUGUUGGGGUCAGCGGAGAUGCGAGAAGCAGCAGCGGACGGGCUGGCGGAGCUCAUCGACGUGGCCAGUGAGGCGGCGCUGCGGCCGUUUGUGGUGCCCAUCACUGGUCCCCUCAUCCGCAUAGUGGGGGAUCGCUUCCCCUGGCAGGUCAAGGCAGCUAUUCUCUCCACCCUCGCCAUUCUCAUCUCCAAGGGCGGCAUCGCCCUCAAGCCCUUCCUGCCGCAGCUGCAGACCACCUUCAUCCGCUGCCUGCAAGACUCCAACCGCACGGUGCGCUCGCGGGCAGCCAAGGCGUUGGGGCGGCUGACAGCGCUCAACCCGCGAGUGGAUGCUCUCAUUUCCGACCUCCUUAACUCCAUCCAGACUGCGGACGGUGCGGUGAAGGAGUCGAUGCUGAUGGCCAUCCGCGGAGUGGUGAGGCACGGAGGCAAGGCAGCCUCUCCGGCAUCUUUGGAGCGCCUCUCCUCGUCUCUCCAGGCGGUGCUGUUCGCCUCUGACAGCGAUGACGACUCUGUUGUUCGCUCCGUUGCUGCUAGAGCCCUGGGGGGCACUGCGCAGUACCUAGCUGAACCAGACUACCUCUCUCUCCUUGCCGCCCUCGCCGCCCCCCUCCCCUCCUCCCGGCCCUGGUCGCACCGCCUCGCAGCCGCCCUCGCCCUCUCCUCCCUCCUCCGCCACACCGCCUCCCGCCCCGCGCCCCUGCCAGCAUCCCAGCUCUCGGCCGUUGCCGAAAAGUCAGCCACGGCUAUAAGAGCACAUGCAGGGGAUGAUAAGGUGCCGGUGAGGGAGACCGCGGCUAAGUCGGCGGGGAGGUGGCUGGUGCUGUUUGGGAUGGGCGGGGGGAGUGCGGCGGGUGUGGUGUCGGUGCUGGCUUCGCUGCUUGGGGAUGCGGCUAGUGAUGUGCGGAGGAGGGCGCUGUCUGCUGUGAAGAUGGUUGCCAAGAAGGAACCCAUCCCAGCAAAGCUCAUGGCGGCGCUGGGCCCGCCCCUGUCAGAGUGCCUCAAGGACACGAGUCAGCCUGUGAGGAUGGCUGCAGAGCGAACCAUCCUGCACGCCUUCCAGCUCAGCAAGGGUCCUGACCAGGUGACAGCAGCGCAGAAGUAUCUCACAGGGCUCGAGUCCCGCCGCAUUGCAAAGAUGCCCGUUGUCAGGUAA